UAUAUAACGAAUAAUAAAACGAGAAAAAAUAAAGAGGGGGUAGAGAGAGAAAAUAUGGAUAGAGUGUUUUCAGUGGACGAGAUAUCCGGCCAAUUCUGGUCAUCCCACGCGCCGCCGCCGCCGUCGUUUCUCCUCCACGACGAUGCUGACGUGGACCAACACUCCUCGUCGAAAACGAUGGGUAUGAACCGCAGCUCAUCGGAGUGGGCAUUCCAGCGCUUCCUGCAGGAGGCCGCCGCCGCCUCCUCCUCCUCCGAUCACAUCACCGCCACCACCGUACAACGCGACGACGUCGUUCAGAUCGAAGCCAACUCCAAUUUUAACAACGAUAAUCCGCCGCGGCAGAUUGCGGCGGCGGCGGUGGCGGUGGGCCCACCCCCGAAUAUUCCCGUAGAUUCCGAGGAGUAUCAGGCCUUCCUUAAAAGCCGCCUCGAGUUGGCCUGCGCCGCCGUCGCUUUGUCCAGGGCAACUAAUGGCAAAGCUCAAGAAUCUGCAGCCGCAGUGUCGGAUGUCGGCUCUCAGGCAUCGAAUUCGUCGCAGUAUAAAGCGAAUGGGGUUUCGCUCCUCAAGACACAAGAAAAGGAUUCGGGUGGAGCAGUUGGUGUACCUCCCGUUCCUGCAAUCUCGAGGAAAUCCGCGGUCCAGGUUAGGUCAACCACAAGUGGGUCCUCGAGGGAUCAGUCGGAUGAUGACGAAGCUGAUGGAGAAACCGAUACUAAUCAGAAUAAGGACCCUACUGAUGCAAAGCGAACGAGAAGAAUGCUUUCGAAUAGAGAAUCAGCUCGACGAUCAAGAAGAAGAAAACAGGCCCAUUUGACCGAGCUCGAGACACAGGUCUCUCAAUUAAAAGUCGAAAACUCUUCUCUACUCAAACGCCUAAACAACAUAAGCCAGAAGUACAACGAAGCAGCUGUUGACAACAGAGUUCUGAAAGCUGAUGUCGAGACCUUAAGAGCAAAGGUGAAAAUGGCUGAAGAAACGGUGAAAAGAGUGACGGGGCUGAACCCAAUACUCCAAGCUAUGUCUGAAAUAUCGACAAUGGGUGUGCCGUCUUUUGCUAACAGUCCUUCGGAUACAUCAGCAGAUGCUGCUGUACCGGUACAAGAUGAUCCAAAGAAGCAUUAUUAUUAUCAACCCCCUUGUAAUAGUAAUAAUAAUAAUAAUGUCUUAACGAACGAGACAGUUCAAAACGGUGUAAUAGAUAUUCCUCCAGCGAAAAAUAAGAUGGGAAGAAGUGUUUCUAUGCAGAGAGUGGCUAGCCUGGAACAUUUACAGAAGCGAAUCCGUGAAGAAGCAGGUUCCUCCGGAGUUGGAGAGCUUUAGUUCGUCUUUUUUUUUUUUCUUUUUAUGGAAAAGAUUCAUUCUUCCAUUCGAUUUUUUUAAUUUGUGAAAGUUGCUGAGGACAAGUGAUUAAAUAUUUAAAGUUUAGGGUUUUUGCUCAUUCUUGAAAUUGAAUGAUUGUAGCCUGUGAAUCAUUUUGUUCAUGGUGCUGCUUUUUUUU